AUGCAGACCGCAGGCGACAGCGCUGACCAGGCUCGUCCUCUUUUUGGUGGAGCCCUUUCGGCUGUCGUCCCCCCCGGCGCCUUAGACGUCAGCGAGCUGAGGGACAUCCCCGACAACCAGGAGGUGUUUGCCCACCGGCACACCGACCAGAGCCUGAUCGUGGAGCUGCUGGAGUACCAGGCCCAGGUGUCCGACCAGGAGGCAGCCCGGUACCACUUCGAGGACAUAGCCGGAAGCAACAAAGCUCUGGGGCCGGGGGGCUUCCAGGUGGCCGCCGUCGUGGAGGUUCCGAAACCCGAGCUGUCCCUGUCGGAAUGCAGCUGUGCUUGGGUGCUGACGGGCUCUCAGCAGGUCUCCAAGUUCAACGAGGAAGCGACGAACGGCGUGGCGGUCGGCCUGGGCCUGCUCCGGCUGCCGCAGUUCUCCACGGACCUCCUGGUGACGUUCAACGACCCGCAGCGCAUAGACCCCGACAGCAGCAGCGCAUCGGCGGACACGCGCAGGGAGCCGUGGACGGUCCAGGACUUCCAGCGCCUGGUCCAGACUCUGACCCUGCACGACCCCGGCCUGUUUGGGUAG